UACAGGGGUCUUUUCUGCUCCUGUCACCGCAUAAAACUAUCAGAUGGUUCCAGGAAGGACAUGGAGGCAACUACCUAGCUCAGCGUCUCGGCAGAAGAGAAAGCAGCUCCCGCUGCAGGCACGGCGCAGUUGCGGCCGCCACCAGUGGUCAUUGGAGCCGAGCUUGCCCGCUGGGAGGGGGAAGCAGAGUCGGAGAUCGCCGGGGACUGGGCGGCUCUGGGGCUCCGACGGUUUGAGCAGCUGCAUAGCCCAGCAGAGCGCCGAGCCUAACGGAAAGGCUCUAGUGCUGCUGGGCUUUUGGGAACAGACGCCCCGUGGGCAGCCUCCCGGAUGCGGACGGCCAACUUAGAGCAACUUUAAGUCCUGUAACUCGGCCCCGCUGACCUCGAGGUGUCUGUCCGUCUACCCCCUCCCUCAACCCUCCCCUCCCUGGCAGAUCCAAGCAGCCUGCCAGCCCGCCCGCGAGGAGGAGGAGGAGGAGGAAGAUGCCUCGGCCCGGCCGAAACACGUACAGCGACCAGAAGCCGCCUUACUCUUAUAUCUCGCUUACUGCUAUGGCUAUCCAGAGCUCACCAGAGAAGAUGCUGCCCCUGAGCGAAAUUUACAAGUUCAUCAUGGACCGUUUCCCCUACUACCGGGAGAAUACACAGCGCUGGCAGAAUAGCCUGCGCCACAACCUUUCGUUCAAUGACUGCUUCAUCAAGAUCCCGCGGCGGCCAGACCAGCCUGGCAAGGGCAGCUUCUGGGCUCUGCACCCCAGCUGCGGGGACAUGUUCGAGAACGGCAGCUUCCUGCGGCGCCGCAAACGCUUCAAGGUGCUCAAGUCCGACCACUUGGCGCCCAGCAAACCGGCCGACGCGGCUCAGUACCUGCAGCAGCAGGCCAAGCUGCGCCUUAGCGCCCUGGCAGCUUCGGGCACCCACCUGCCCCAAAUGCCCGCGGCCGCCUACAACCUGGGCGGGGUGUCACAGCCCUCGGGCUUUAAGCACCCUUUCGCCAUCGAGAAUAUCAUCGCUCGCGAGUACAAGAUGCCCGGGGGCUUGGCUUUCUCCGCCAUGCAGCCAGUGCCCGCCGCCUAUCCUCUCCCGAACCAGUUGACUACCAUGGGCAGCUCCUUGGGCACUGGCUGGCCCCAUAUGUACGGCUCGGGCAUGAUCGACUCGGCCACCCCUAUCUCCAUGGCGAGCGGCGACUACAGCGCUUACGGGGUACCACUGAAGCCGCUGUGCCACGGAGGGCAGACGCUGCCCGCCAUCCCGGUGCCCAUCAAGCCCACGCCGGCCGCUGUGCCCGCCCUGCCCGCCUUGCCCGCGCCCAUCCCCACUCUGCUCUCGAACUCGCCCCCCUCUCUCAGCCCCACUUCUUCGCAGACAGCGACGAGCCAAAGCAGCCCCGCCACCCCCAGUGAGACUCUCACCAGCCCGGCUUCCGCCUUGCACUCUGUGGCCGUGCACUGACCCGGAGCGGCUGGGCCCCACUACCCCCUCCCUGCUUCUCUUCCCUUUCCCCUAGCCACACACAGUCCCCGUUUCUGAGUCUCUCGGGGGUAUCUUCUAACCACUCACCCCACACCUGUUUCCUCUAUCCCCAACUUCCCCCAGGCCCCACAAGACCCCCAUUUCAACGAAGUGCAGGCUAGCUGCGCCAGGGUUGAAACCGACCAUUCCCCUUUCCCUUCGGUCCGGGCCCCGGGUUUCCAGAACUUUGUUUUGGACUGCAAAGGAAACAACACAAAAACUUGGGAGAGUCCAAGAACUCGGUGCCUCUGGGUGUGCAGGAAUUUCCGUGGCCCAUCCCCCACCGGAGGGGAAGGAUGAAGUUGGGUCACUCCCCCAUAUCUAUCCCCCCACCCCCGCCCCACUGUGGGGUUAGGAGAGAAACCCCCAUCAGGCACUCCUAGGCAUCCUACCGAACCCGAACCCUCCAAGGCUUCUUCACGUCCCCCUUUUGGCAGAGUCAGCAGUUCAGAAAUAAUCUAAACCGCUUCUGAGCAGAUUCUCUCUACUCUUCUACCUGCACCUACUCUGGGCUCACUACCACCAGACGCCUUCAGCCGUGAGGCGGCAGAGCAGGCCACUUGAGGUCCCGAGCCUCUGUUUAUGUCUUAUCCAAGAGCUAGGGAUGGGACCACGAAGCCCAGAACUCCCACACAGCGCAACCCCCCGGCCCUCUCCCACCUUCACCCACUUCUCAGUGCUUCCCGGACAGCAGCCAGAAAGUUCACCCAAGUUGCUCGGCGGCUUGCUCCAGUCUCUUAUGGGCUCUGGGUUUUGUUUUAUUAUUGUUAUUAUUAUUAUUAUUUUCAUUUUUCCAGCCAGGAGCACUGGGCUAGGUACAAAAGCCAAGGGCGGGACACCUGUUUAAAGUGAGUGGGGGAGGGGUGGGGAGAAACAAUAAACAAAUAAACCCCGUAUUGUUUACAAAGCUCCAGUCAAAAUGUAAAUAGUGACCUUGAGUCUGUACCCCGAGGCUGGCUAGGCCCAUUUUACAAGUAACAGUUGUAAAGCCAACGUUUACUUUCCAUUUCUGUCGAGGUGGGUUGGAAGAAAAUUGGGGGUUAGAGCAGGGAAAGAUGGGAAAGUUCAUUUGUAUGGCAACUUUUUCUGAUUCUUUAGAGAUCAUUUAAGGUAUUUAUUUUACUGCUUAAUAAAAUUAAGAUGAAAUAAAACCACAAAUAAGAAGACAGCCAAGGGCAACCCUUGAUGAGUUAGCUGCAGUAGGGAACUGGUAACAUGAUGGGGGGGGGAAUAUCAUUGGAGAUUUCUCCCACAAGACUAGUCUUUCUGUUUGUUUUAUUAGAAGCUUUCUGUUUUAUUAGAAACUGAAAGGGCUGUAAAGGGAUGUACAUGCUUGUGAAUAGGAAUGAUGAUAAACUGUGUAAAAUGCACUUUUCGUUCGCUAUAUUCCCUUAGUUUUAGAUAGUUUGCUGGAAACCGAACUGUUUUUCUGCUGUGAACUGCUUAAGUUAAAAAAAAAAGUUGUCACCAGAAUUGUAAAGAAAUCCUUUUUUUCUUCCUGUACAGAAUAAGCAUGACAUUUAAAUAUUGAUGUUCUUGUUCCCAGCAUGCCUGUUUUAAAACAAAGGAUAAAAAAGUGUCUAUGUUAAAUUAUGA